CAACUACUAUAACUAAAUCCAUUGUCGUUGUCGUAGUCGGUCAUCGUUGUUGUCAUCGUUGUAGUUGUCAUUCGUCGUUAUCGUUGGCGGUCAUGGUUCGUUCUCGGGGGGUUAUUCAUCAUCGUUGGUGGUGGUCGUGGUCAUUUGUUGCCGAUCAUCUUUGUUGUCACCCUUCUUCGUCAUUCGUUGUCCAUAGUCGUUGUUGUUGAUCUGUUGUUGGUCGCCACGUCGCCGUUGGUAGGAGAUGGGGAGGGGAGUCAUGAUGUUCACCCGGAAUAAUAUGAACAGUGACGACAAAAUGCGUCGUCACCGUCCAUCGCCCCUGCUUCUGGUGUGAAAAAAGGAGAGGGAGCGAAGUCAUGUUGCUACUCACCUGGAUUAUAGCGUGCCCUCGUCAUCGGUUCAUAGCCAUCCCGUGUCCUUGUCGCUGUCGCGGCCUCAUCCCGUGUCCUCGUCUUGUGUUUUCAUCGUCGCGUCGUCGUUGUCCCACAUCAUCGUUCCGUCGUUGUCCUGAGUCUCAGCGAGCUGUGUUGGGACGAACGUGA